AAUUUCCAGUAAACCAAGAAAAAUAUUAUUAAAAAAUACGCGUAAACAUAAGUUUGAAAGAGUCCAAGCCCUCAUAUUUUUACCCUUUAUUUUCCAACUUAAUCUAUUCUUCCCAAUAAUGGACCAAUCAGAACAAGGUUUGAAUUAGUCAGCACUAAAUACUUCAACUCAAUUCAUUCCUUCUUCUAUACUUUGAUUGAUAUUUUGACCAUAGACUAGUCUUCUACAGACAAAUUAUUUGUCAAAUAAUCGUUUACUAGUCAAAUUCUCUCUCUUACCACUUCUAAAUCAUCCUUUAAAACCAAGAUCAUCACACUCCAUUUCGAGCAAAUUAAAACUGCACUACACUUUCUCUCUCCUACCUCAAAUAUUUCAACUGUUUGUUUAACUUCCACUUUGUUUUCAGCUGUUUUUUUCAACCAAAAGAAGAAAGAAUAGAGCAAACAUAACAUUUCCUGAUAUCUUCUUUUCACCAUAUUCUUCUUCUUGCAAGUUUUCGUUUCGUAAUAGAAUCUGCAACACCAGCAAAAACAUGCAAUUUACGUCGAGAGAGAAAUAAUAAUAAUAACUGGCUGGGGAAAGUCUGAUAUACAUCAGGUGCUUCAAACCAGAAAAAAUAAAAAAGAAGAAGAAGAAGAAGCCGGUAUCUUAUAUGAAAAUGGAACUCAAUGCGGGCAGAAAUUACGAGCAACAUUCGUUGGCCGGGGAGCUAACCGAGGGGAUUGAGCUAGCUAAAAGGCUAAAAGCUCAUAUGAGUACAGAGGUACAUGCAAAAGAAACAAAAGGAAUGUUGGCAGAAAGGAUAUAUUCUUGCUUUCAGAAUGCCCUGGUGAUUCUAAAUAUGAGUGGAUUGAUGGAACAGUCUCACCAACAUGUAGUGCCAUCGAGCACAAUGCCUGAAUCGCCACUUUCGGUCAUUGGAAGUCCGAAGAGUGAAGAUAUCAACCCGGCUUCUUAUACUCAACAAGAUGACAGAGAUUUAUCAAAAAAGAGAAAGAUGAUGCCAACUUGGACAGAGCAAGUAAAAGCAAUCUCUGAGAAUACGACAGAAGGACCACCUGAGGACGGGUAUAGCUGGAGGAAGUACGGUCAGAAGGAUAUACUUGGAGCCACAUAUCCUAGAAGCUACUACAGAUGCACGUACCGUAAGCUUCAAGGCUGCUACGCUACCAAGCAAGUGCAGAGGAAUGAUGAAGAUCCCAUGCUAUUUGACAUCACCUACAAAGGGACUCAUACUUGUACGCUGGCCCCACGUUCAAAGUCUGCACCAACAUCACCACAAAAAAAAGCAUACAACAAACAGAGCCAUGCUCCCAUCACAGUAUACCACCACCAGCCUGAUAUGCUAUUAAAUUUUCAGACAGGACUAAGAGUUGACAUUCAGAACCUAGAAAAUCAAGAGACGGGAUUUCUUUUUCCUACACAAGGAUUUGGAUCCGAAAACCUAGGUUUUACGCCAUCAUCAACACUCAAGGAUAGUUACCCGUAUAACAAUAUUACUCAGUCGUUCAUACAAUCACCUGCCACCUCGGAAUCAACCUACUUCUCCACAUCACCCUGUAACAUGAGCAGCUUUGGAGGAGUUCACUACGGACAACAUUCUGAAUCAGAGAUACCAGAUAUAAUUUCAGCCACUACUUCAGGAGCCAACUCCCCAAUGAUUGACAUUGAUUUCACACUAAAUCAAUGGGAGUGCUAUCCUAAUUUUGUGUCUGAUAACCAAGCAUUUCCCACCAACUUCUCUGAACCUAAAGAAUAGCCAUCAACAGCAAGAAAACCAUCCAACUUGAAAUGCCAACAAUUGACAACUUUUCGGGGAUGUUUCCAUGCUAUGUAUCCUUUAACCAGACAGACAACCAGGGAGGGUUAACAAUGAAGUCACUAUUGCCUGUAUAUGAUCAUAGAAGUACCGUCUAGGAAAUAAACGAAGUUAAUAGUUAAUACCUAAUACAACAAGAUAGAGGAAUGACAGCUUGUACUUAUUGUACAAGGGGUCGCUGGUACAAGCAAAGAGCUUCAUGCUAGUUGACAACGAUUUUGAUUUUUUUAUUUUGGGAGGUUUCUUUCCCUCUAGUACCCUUAAUUGUUCAGUUAUAUCCAACAGCACUUCAAUCAACUAUGAAGUUAGAGUGAAUGUUGCUGCAUUCUUUUGCCAUUUUAAACACUAAGACAGUUAAUAUUUGGUUCAGCCUUAAUAGUAACCUCUAUUCUAAGAUGAUACUCCUUCCAUGUGGAAGCAAUAUUCAUAGUCACUAUUUUGGUAUGUACUGGAAAAGUUGUCACAUUUACCAAACAUGACUGAUUAUCUUAUAUGCCUCCACUUAGAUGUAAUGGAGCAAGGAUGCUAUUAUAAAAGGGUAAUUCGGUAAAACCAUGACGAGUCCUUAACUAUGAGGUUUGUGUCUAGGGACAAUGUGACGAUAUUAUAUAGUUGUUACAUGGAAAUUUAUGCAGAUGGAUAUUAUUCUUAAUAUGACAUGUAAUAAGGAUGGUAAAAGUAUGAAGAAAUUUAUGCAGAUGUAUAUUAUUCUUAA